AUGGGGAAAUCGCAGUCGAAGCUGUCCCAAGAGCAGCUCUCGGAGUUGCAGCGUUCCACACAUUUCGACAAGAAGGAGCUCCAGCAAUGGUAUAAGGGCUUCCUCAAGGAUUGCCCCUCGGGCAUGCUCACAAAGGAGGAGUUCCAAAAGAUCUACCGCCAAUUCUUUCCAUUCGGAGAUCCAUCCUCCUUUGCAGACUAUGUUUUCAAUGUCUUCGACAGCGAUAGAUCUGGCUCCAUUGAUUUCAAGGAGUUCAUUUGUGCUCUGAGCGUCACCAGCAGAGGCAAGAUGGAAGACAAGCUCGACUGGGCCUUCCAGCUGUACGAUAUUGACGGAGAUGGAAAGAUCAGUUACGACGAGAUGCUGGCGAUUGUAGAGGCGAUAUAUAAGAUGGUUGGCUCCAUGGUGAAGCUUCCAGAUGACGAGGACACGCCAGAAAAGAGAGUCAAGAAGAUCUUCCGCACGAUGGACAAGGAUGAGAAUGGAAGCCUGGAUAUUGAAGAAUUCAAGGAGGGCAGCAAGCGUGAUGAGACCAUCGUUUCUGCUCUAUCUCUUUACGAUGGACUUGUUUAG